AGCGUUGGGGAGGCGUGCACCGAGCUGAAGCGCGAGUACGACCAGUGCUUCAACCGCUGGUUCGCGGACAAGUUCCUCAAGGGCGACAGCGCCGGUGACCCCUGCGGGCAGCUCUUCAAGCGCUACCAGCUCUGCGUGCAGAAAGCUAUCAAGGAAAAGGACAUACCCAUCGAAGGCCUGGAGUUCAUGGGCCCAAACAAAGGAAAAACUGAAAACUCCUCCUGACCUCAGCUGCAUGGAUGGAGUCACUAAUAGGAACCUUUGAACUAAGCAACACCACCUGGCAGAUGGCUCGACGCCACCUGCAUAUGACCUUUGUUAAAGCUGCUUUCUAGAAGCCAGGAACCUUCUCUGCUUGUUAAAAAAAA